AUGUUGCCAGAAUUCUUGGCCUAUUUUCCAUUGCAUGUGGAAGAACGCGCAAGUUAUGAAAUUUUACACAUUAUGCAACAAUUGGUGGAUCGUAUGGAUUUUGAAAGGGCGAUGGAAAGUUUAAAAGGGUGUUUUUGGGUUGCAAUUUUGACGAAAAUGCUUGGACCACCACCGUCAGUACCCGACGAAUCGUCCACUUCUCAGCAAAACACGCUAACUCGCACGACAGGCACAUUGAGUACAUUGAAACGAGAACGUGCGAAAGAACGCGAGCGACUCCAUAAAGAGCUGAAUAUUCUGGGAGACGCGGAAAGAAGGGAAGAAACACCAUCAAAGGAAAAGGAAGAAUCCGAUUAUAAACCAACAUCACCGACUUCAACCACACAUCCACCAUUGAAGGAAAAGACUAGUUACGUUGAGGUGCUCCCUUUACUUUUCGUCUCCUCAUCUCUGAUUGGUCCCAUUCUUCAUCGUAAUAAAAUGACCGUAUCACUGCCAUUUUCUAUGCUUGGCGCAGACGGUAGUGACGUCAUCUCGAAUGGUUACAGUAUUCAACGAACACAGAGAGGCUUCAACUCCAGUAAUCCUGCAUUCAGUGCAUUGGACUUUAUGGAUACGUCAACAUUUGGGGUGCUGUUAAAGACAACGUGA